CUCCUUAGAAUCGUUCGCGACCACAACCAAGCGAGAUAAGCCGCGACCGCAUCCCGAUUUCUAGCCCUUCCAUCCAUUUCGUCACAAUCUCGACAUGGAUCAUACAAGAGACCCUUGCCCUUGGGUCAUUCUGAAUGACUUUGGUGGUGCAUUUGCUAUGGGUGCAAUCGGUGGAACAAUAUGGCACGGUAUCAAAGGUUUCCGAAACAGUCCAAUGGGCGAGAGGAGAAUAGGAGCUAUCACAGCCAUAAAAGCAAGAGCACCAGUAUUAGGUGGUAACUUCGGUGUAUGGGGUGGUCUUUUCUCGACAUUCGAUUGUGCGGUUAAGGGAAUACGAAAGAAGGAAGAUCCUUAUAAUGCGAUUAUUGCGGGUUUUUUCACUGGUGGUGCUCUAGCCGUUCGAGGAGGAUACAAGGCAGCAAGAAAUGGUGCUAUCGGUUGUGCCGUGCUGCUAGCCGUUAUUGAGGGUGUCGGAAUUGGUUUCCAAAGAAUGCUUGCAGGAAGCACAAAAUUAGAGAUGCCCCCGCCACCGCCCAGUUCAGAAAAGGCGCUGGCUUAGACGCUAUAAUGACGAAUAUGAAAAAAAGAACAUUACCACUCAACUCCCCUCCGAUAUACUUCUCGAUCGGUUCCAUGUACUAUAUGGGUUUUUAGGCGGUCUUUGCAUACCAACACGGAUGGUCAGGGGAAUGAUGUGUAAAAUAAUGAGUAUAUUGAUGCUAUGCCAGGG